AUGACAAAUACGAAUACAACCAAGGACCAAUCCUCUGCGUCCUGCUCCCCGGAUACCUUCUCCUUUCCAGCCAUCUUCGGCACCGAGCUCAUCUCCAUUACCGCUCAGCCCCUCCAAUAUCAAGAAGGCAGCAGCUCCGCAUUUUUCCCUGAGGGCGGCCUCGUUCAACCCGAAGCUCUUGAUUCAGUCUGCAAUCUCACCCUCACAUACACUCACCCAGGUCAGAACGAUGCCGUCAACACGCAGGUCCUGCUCCCGGGCACUCCUACGUGGAACCACCGUCUUCUGACCGUCGGGGGCGGCGGCUACGCUGUCGGCUAUCCUGACGGAGAUGUCAUGAUUGCAUUCGCUUCCCGGGGCUACACGACGGCCACCACUGACGGCGGCCACGCCAUGAACCUCUUCCAAGCCCACCCUGCCGAAUGGGCCCUCGUCUCUCCCGGCAACCACGACCAGGCCCAGCUCCUCAACUGGGCGUACCGCGCCCCCAUCGAGGCCGCCAAAUUCGGCAAGCUCGCCGCCGAGAGCUACUACGGGACGCGCCCCAAACGGACCUACUGGAGUGGCUGCUCCACCGGGGGGCGGCAGGGCAUCGCCAUGGCCCAGAAAGCCCCCCAAGAGUUCGACGGCAUAUUGGCAUCCUGCCCGGCCACCAACGUCGACCGUCUCGUCCUGUCAAUGUACUGGCCGCAGCAGGUCAUGAAGAACAAGGACGCCUACCCCCCCGCCUGUGAGCUGGACGGCAUCCAAGACGCGGCCCUGGCGGCGUGCGACGGGCUCGACGGAAUAGAAGACGGCAUCAUCGCUCUCCCGGAUCACUGCGACUUCCACCCCUCCGAAGUCGUGGGCAGGGAAGUCAACUGCGGCGACGGCACCACGCGGAUCAUCUCGCGCGAUGCGGCCGACAUUGUGGAGGCUGCGUGGCGCGGCGUCGUCGACGACGAAACCGGCGAGCUGCGCGCCGAGGGCAUGCCUGUCGGGGCACGGCUCACUUCGUUUUUUUCGACGGCUCGCACUACCUGCGACGAAGAGAGCGGGGAAUGCAAGGGUGAUCCGAUCUGGCUCGUGGAUCCUUGGGUUCGGUUCUUCCUGAAGCGGGACCCGCAUUUCGACAUGUCGUCGCUGACGGGGUCGGACUACUUUGCGCUAUUUGAAGAGACGCCGGCCGAGUUCCGAGGUCUCUUCGGCGCGAACACCCAUGAUGUCCCGCCCUCUUUGGGUCGCUUUAGGAAGUCUGGCGCGAAGAUGAUUACUUGGCACGGCGUGGACGACCAGACCAUCUCGGUCAGGGAAGGGCGGGCGUUUUACGACGCCGUCGUGGCUUGGGAUGCCGCUAGGGGAGUCGACACAAAGGACUACUAUCGGUACUUCGAGGUGCCUGGCGCCAGCCACUGCAGCGCUCCCCUCGGAAAGCCGUUCCCCCUGCACGCUCUGGAUGCUCUGGUCAAGUGGGUUGAGGAGGGCAUCGUCCCGGAGUUCUUGGAAACGGUCAGAUUGGGCGUCACUGAAGAGGAGUCUGGCCCGAUGAUGCCGGCUUGUUUGUACCCGGAGUUGCCUCUGUGGGAAGAAGGACGUGGUUUUAUCUGCAAGACAUACAAGGCCUCUGGAAAUGAGGACAAGGCACAGAAGCGGGACGAGCUAUGA